UAAGCCAUUGUCAUGGCAACUGGAUUGGCACCGCUGUCAACAGUUCGUGUCCAGAAGCAGUCUGUUGUACCCUGUCCUAAGUUUCAGAAGCACAAUAUAGCAUCGUUAUUCGUUUUUCAGCAAAUUGGUUACCUAGGGAACACCAAGGAAAACAGAACUCAGUUGAGCUUCAAAAUCAGGCAACACAUUAGUUAUCUGAGGGUUAGUUCUUCAUCUAACACCAGGGAUGUCAGAUAAGAGGUCCUCCUAAAGAAACUUAAGUGAAGUUUUAUUACAAAUUCUGAAUUUGUAUUAAUGAAGAAAUGGAAAAACCUGACACAAUGGAUGCCUCUUCAUCCAACAGUGCUACAUGGAGGCAGAAGAAAUUGGACCAGCAGCGGCAGUUGAUGGAACAAAAACAGAAGGCCAAGCGUCAGCAACCUUCCCUAGUCCAUGCAUCACAACUGCGGCCUCUGUCCAGUAGAUCUGCAUUAUCUGGGAAAUCAGGUGCAGGGGAUGAUCACAACUCAAGCUUGCCAACAUCUGUUCAAGUGCUACCAGUUGUUGGUCAGUCAUCAGACUAUGAUGAUGAACUUACAGUUUCAGUACCACCCAUCGAUUCCAACAAGUUAGCUAGCCAAUUUCGAAGUUUCAGUUUAUCGCCUGUUUCAGCAGACAUUUCAGAGCCGGAAACUGAAACGGAAGAGGACCAAGAAUCGAGACCCUACCUUCGUAAGGAGGUGCAUAAAGAAAAAAAAAGACCACGCCCGCUUUCUACACCCAUAGAAAGCAAUAAUUCUCCAUCCCACGAUCGUCUGAAUUACCGACAGGGUUCCGCCAUAAUAACUGGAUCUUCGCAACUAAACGAUAUACAGGAGAAUUUGGACCAGUUUGUUUUUCAGGCUGCACCGAAAGAAUCUCAGAUGAAAUGCCGCAUUACGCGUGAUCGAAAGGGGAUGGAUCGCGGCUUGUAUCCAACAUAUUUCCUACACCUUGAGCGGGAGGAUGGCAAAAAGAUCUUUCUUCUUGCCGGGCGCAAACGAAAAAAAGCAACGAGCAAUUACAUUAUUUCAACGGACCCUACGGAUCUUUCUCGAGGAGGGGAAGCGUUCGUGGCGAAACUGCGUUCUAAUGUUUUCGGCACCCAUUUCACCCUUUACGAUGAUGGCCACAAAUUAAGCAGUCGGCAAGAACUCGCCGCAAUUAUCUAUGACACCAAUGUACUUGGAUUUAAGGGUCCAAGAAAAAUGACCAUUAUUAUUCCAGCCAUGUCCAUCGAGCAACAGCGUGUUGAUGUUUGCUCGUCGGUGGAGCAUGAAGGCAUAAUUGACCGAUGGAAACGGAAGAUGAGCGACGACCUUCUGCAGCUUCACAAUAAAACCCCUGUAUGGAACGAUGAUACUCAGUCAUAUGUGCUCAACUUCCAUGGACGAGUCACUCAGGCGUCAGUGAAGAAUUUUCAGUUGGUUCACGACGAUGAUGCCGACUACAUCAUCAUGCAAUUUGGGCGCGUUGCAGAAGACGUGUUCACGAUGGAUUUUCGCUAUCCUAUGUGCGCCGUUCAAGCCUUUGCUGUUGCACUGAGCAGCUUCGACGGUAAACUGGCAUGCGAGUGAUCCCUCAGAUUCACCUUUUGUAUUUCCGAAAAUAGGAAUCAACGAUUUCAUUUUCCAAGUACACUUUAUUCUAGUCAUUAAUCCCAUUGUUGACUAAGCGCACUUUUAUCAAUCUUUUCAAUAUAAUUACAAUACAAACAAAAACUACUUAAAGAA